UAAUUCCACCAUCAGAUUCGUCCGACUCGAAUCUGCACUCGAAUAUGCUUCUUUGGUUGUCGUCGAUGUGAUUCUGAGAAGUUGCAUCGGUUGUUGUGGCUCGUUUCAUCUGAGUAGCUACAGUGAUGAUUCUCUCUGUGGGAGCAUCCGGGUCGAGGAAAGCUUUCAGCUUUGCGUGGCAUAUGGGGUCCAAGACCAGCCCGACGCCAACUUUCCGUACAAAAUUAACGUGCUACGUGUGCAAUUCCGUCAAUUUUGGACGGAAAGUUGGCGUUGGAGUCAUCCACGUCGCCUGCCCGGCCACCACUUUGAACCCUGCCAAUCCAGAGGUGGAUCUUGAACCAGUUGUAAAGGGGACGCUCAAUGUACUCAGGGCAUGCACCGUAGAGAAAGUUAAGCGGGUUGUCUACAUCUCAGAUAUUGGUGCUGUGAUGCUGAACCCCAACUGGCCCAAGGACCGGGUGAAGGACGAGACUUGCUGGUCCGACCCAGAAUACUGCAGGGCCACUGGGGACUGGUAUUUCCUUUCUAAAACUGAAGCAGAACGGGUUGCUUUCGAAUACGGGAAACAAAACGAGCUGGAUGUUGUUGCAGUUCUACCCGGCUAUGUAUUUGGGCCAGUUCUGCAGCCUACAAUUAACCUCAGCAGCUUACUGCUCGCAAACUUUGUGAAGGGCAUAUAUAUUAAGGUCGAGCAAGGUGAUGGGGAUACUGUUCCCAACAAGUACUGGAAUAUAGUGGAUGCACGAGAUAUUGCAAAUGCUAUAUUAUUGGUAUACGAGAAACAUGAGGCAGAAGGCCGAUACAUUUGCAUGGCAGAGAACAUCAAGGGCAUAGAUUUGGUAGAAAAACUGAAGAGUUUGUAUCCUGACCUGACGUACUUGGAGAACUUUGCUGAGUGUGAAUACCCCCACCAGCUGAGCUCCGAGAAGCUGCAGAAGCUGGGUUGGACUUACAGGCCGCUUGAGGAAACUCUUGUGGACUCUAUCGAGAACUACCGACAGAGGGGGCUACUCGAUUAGUGAUGGAACUUCUCUGGUCCGCCGUGAAGUUCCGGAACUUCGUUCACUAUUCUGUCCUAGCUACAUAUAUAUUAUAGUGCCGAUAAAUAACACCGAAGAGUGAAAAUAAUUUCCAAUAAAAACUAAGUGAGUUCCAGAGCGUUUCGCAGGCGCUCCUGUCAAUUUAAUAUAUAAUUAUAUUUAGUGACAUGAAUGUUUUGAAGAAUAAAUGCAUUAUGUUGCAUUGUUCUUUACGUGAACAUUGAAUUAUUUAUGUUGUAAUAUGUGACUGAACCUUCCUUUUGAUAUGUGCAUUAAUAAUAAAACAUAAGUGUAAUAUUGGAUGUCUAA